GGAGGAGGAGGAGGAGGAGGAGGGCGAAUGUUUCCUGCCCGCCGCCGCCGCCCCCCGGCCGCCCCCCGGAGCCGGGCGGAAGUCAGCCCGCGCCGUCGGAGCUUAAAAGGCUCCCGCACGCCGCGCCGCCCCAGUGCCGGCGGCCGCAGCGGGGCCAGAGGCAGCGCCGCCAGCCCUGCCGAGGCCGGGCCAUGCGCUGCCCCCCGCCCUGAGCCCCCUCCCCGGACCCUUCCCCACCUCCCAGCCGCCCGCCGGGGCCGGGCUCAGCCCCGCCGCACCCCCGCCGGGCCGGGGAAGGCGCCCGGCGCGAUGGCUCUCCCCGGCUGCCGGGACGGUGCCGCCGCAUCAAGCUGCUCUGGAUUGCAAAAGUGGAGGGGGGAACUGAAACGAAAUUUCCCCUUCCCCCCCGCCAAGCACAGGUUUAAAGGAAAAGAGGACAAAACCCAACGCCCCAAGAAGAAAGAGCGAAACUCGCGGUAAGCCCCGCUGCCCCCAGCCCGGAGGGAGCCGCAGCGGACAGAGCAGAGCAAAGCAGAGCCAGGACAGAGCAAAGCAGAGCCGAGCCCGGGCCCCGGCGGCCGCGGGGGGACCUGGCGCCCGGCGCCCAUGCACUUUCCGUUGAGGGAGAAGACGGGUAACCAAAGCGCCUUGUCAAACUGCUGACCCGAGGGGGAAAUGAGAAGACUGCGUGAGGUAUUGACUGCUCUGGGGAUCGAUACAAUUUGUCUAAUGCAGCGGGGGAUCGGGGGUUAAGUACAUGGAAGGGAAGAGAGGAUCCAUUUGCUGAGGGAGAGCGGGACGGCUACACCUUGAUACCAAAAAUACCCCCGCGGCGGCGAGGUACGAGGCGAGGAUCCAGCAGCUCCCUGUGGACCGCCAGAUCGAUGACACCCUAUUUGCAAACCCGGCCAAUCGAUCCCACUUGGCAAAACGACUGAUCGAUGCCAGCUUGCUCGUAAGCCGUUUGCAAAACUACCUUCGGCACGCCCCCCGCCUCACUUUUCUUUUUUUAUUAUUUUUUAUUUUUGCGUGUGUGUGUGAGGGGAGAUAGGCUUUUCUCCCCCCCCCCCCCUUAAUUCCCUCCGGAUCAGGCCCCUCGCAAAUGGCUUCGUUCCCGGAGUCCGACUUCCAGAUCUGCCCGCUGUGCAAGGAGAUGUGCGGCUCGCCGGCUCCCCUCUCCUCCAACUCCUCCACGUCGUCGUCCUCCUCGCAGACCUCCAGCUCCUCCGGGGGGGGCGGCGGCGGCGGCGGCUCGUCCUGCGGGGGCCCUCCGCGGCGGCUGCACGUCCUGCCCUGCCUGCACGCCUUCUGCCGCCAGUGCCUGGAGGCGCAGCGGCACCCCGGCGCGGGGGACGCGCUCAAGCUGCGCUGCCCCAUCUGCGACCAGAAGGUGGUGAUCUCGGAGCCGUCGGGCAUGGACGCGCUGCCCUCCUCCAACUUCCUCCUCAGCAACCUGCUGGACGUCGUGGUGGUGGCGGCGGCCGCCGACGAGCACAAGAACGGGCGCCCCGCCGGCACCGGACCCGCCGCCGGCUCGGCACCGGGGGUGGGCGGCGGCAACAACCGGCACCACGGCCGCCCCCCGCCGCACCGCGCCGCCGCGCCGGGCUCCUCGCCCGCCGCCGCCUCCUCCUCGUCCUCCUCCUCGUCCUCCGCCGCGCCUUCCUCGACGUCCUCCUCGUCGUCGGGCGGCGGCGGCGGCUCCUCGGCCGCGCUGCUGCUGCGGCGGCCGCACAGCCGGCAGGGCGAGCCGCGCUGCAGCUCCUGCGACGAGGGCAACGCCGCCAGUUCCCGCUGCCUCGACUGCCAGGAGCACCUGUGCGACAACUGCGUGCGGGCGCACCAGCGGGUCCGCCUCACCAAGGACCACUUCAUCGAGCGCUUCGCCGCCGGGCCGCCCCCCUCCGCCGCCGCUGCUGCCGCCGGGCCGGCCGCGCCGCUCGCCCUCAGCCCGCCCUACCCCGCCUCGCCCUACAACAUCCUCUCCGUCUUCCCCGACCGGGCCAGCUACUGCCAGCACCACGACGACGAGGUACUGCAUUUCUACUGUGAUACUUGCUCUGUCCCCAUAUGUCGGGAAUGUACCAUGGGACGACAUGUGGGUCACAGCUUUAUCUACCUCCAAGAUGCUCUUCAGGACUCCAGGACUCUUACCAUCCAGCUCCUGGCAGAUGCUCAGCAAGGACGACAGGCUAUUCAGUUGAGUAUUGAACAGGCCCAGGCGGUGGCAGAGCAAGUUGAGAUGAAAGCUAAGGUGGUACAGUCUGAAGUCAAAGCAGUGACGACUAGACACAAGAAGGCCUUGGAAGAGCGGGAGUGCGAGCUGCUCUGGAAGGUGGAAAAGAUUCGUCAAGUCAAGGCUAAGUCACUCUACCUGCAAGUUGAAAAGUUACGUCAGAACCUAAAUAAGCUGGACAACACCAUUAGUGCUGUUCAGCAGGUCCUAGAGGAAGGUCGUACCAUGGAUAUUCUUCUGGCCCGGGACCGUAUGCUGGCUCAGGUGCAGGAGCUGAAGAAUGUGAGGGGCCUUCUCCAGCCACAGGAGGAUGACAGGAUCAUGUUCACGCCCCCUGACCAGGCCUUGUAUAUGGCCAUUAAAUCAAUGGGCUUUGUUAGCAGUGGAGCUUUUGCUCCUCUGACCAAAGCCACUGGAGAAGGCCUCAAGCGUGCACUGCAGGGCAAAGUAGCCUCUUUCACAGUGAUAGGCUAUGACCACGAUGGUGAGCCUCGCCUUUCAGGAGGUGACAUGAUCUCUGCAGUGGUGAUGGGUCCGGAUGGAAACCUUUUUGGGGCAGAUGUCAGUGAUCAACAGAACGGGACCUACCUGGUCAGCUACCGUCCACAGCUAGAGGGAGAGCAUCUGGUAUCCGUGAUGAUGUGCAACCAACACAUUGAGAACAGUCCCUUCAAAGUCAUGGUGAAAUCUGGGCGCAGCUACAUAGGUAUCGGCCUGCCUGGGCUCUCGUUUGGCAGUGAAGGAGAUAGCGACGGCAAACUCUGCCGCCCCUGGGGGGUUAGUGUAGACAAAGAAGGCUACAUCAUUGUGGCUGACCGCAGCAAUAACCGCAUCCAGGUGUUCAAACCGUGCGGGACUUUCCACCACAAGUUUGGCACGCUGGGAUCCCGGCCUGGCCAGUUCGAUCGGCCUGCUGGUGUGGCCUGUGACAUCUCACGUAGGAUCGUCGUGGCUGACAAGGACAAUCAUCGCAUCCAGAUCUUCACAUUUGAAGGGCAGUUCAUUCUGAAGUUUGGGGAGAAAGGAACAAAGAAUGGGCAAUUCAAUUACCCGUGGGAUGUGGCUGUCAACGCAGAGGGAAAAAUCCUGGUCUCUGACACGAGGAACCAUCGCGUUCAGCUGUUUGGGCCUGAUGGUGCAUUUCUUAACAAGUAUGGCUUUGAAGGGGCACUCUGGAAGCACUUUGAUUCCCCCAGAGGUGUAACUUUCAAUCACGAGGGCCACUUGGUCGUGACAGACUUCAACAACCAUCGCCUCCUGGUCAUCCACGCAGAUUGCCAGUCAGCACGCUUUCUGGGCUCGGAGGGCAGUGGGAACGGCCAGUUCCUGCGCCCGCAGGGAGUGGCGGUGGAUCAAGAGGGGCGCAUCAUUGUGGCCGAUUCCAGGAACCACCGGGUGCAGAUAUUUGAGUCAAAUGGUAGCUUUUUAUGCAAGUUUGGCACUCAGGGAAGCGGCUUUGGUCAGAUGGACCGUCCUUCAGGUAUAGCUGUCACCCCUGAUGGCAUGAUUGUUGUGGUCGACUUUGGAAACAAUCGAAUUCUCGUCUUCUAAUCUGUGUUUGAAUUAGGAAGAAACUGUCUCAGGGAAAUUCUUCUAAGAGAAAAUGAAAAAAUACAACGUUAAUUCAAACCUACCUCAUCUUUAAUUUUUUUACAGAUGAAUGUACUUAUCUUUUCUGCAGGGAGUGAGCCUGUAAAGUUAAAUUCUAUCUACCUCAUUGUCCUCCCUUCCAUCCCCAGUUUCUCUCCUCCUCCCCGUCCCAACACACUCACAGUUCAGAAAUUUUUUACCUCUUCCCCCCAUGGGGUUUCAUGCACAAACAUGUGUUGCUGUGCACAUUAGGUGGUUUGUGUGGUAUAUUCUGUAGGCUAAGCCAAAAAGGCGCUAUAAGUUUUUUAAUGGAGAAAAUGGUAGUAGGUAUUUGUAGAGAAUUUGUGUUCUUGACCAUACUGCAGUUCUGUGGGUGGGGACACGGGAGGGGGAUUUUGUUUUGAAUUGCUGCUGCAGCAGAGAACUUUUUCCUGUUCUCCUUUUUAUACCUCAAUGUGUUUGAUUUACUGGUGAGCACAGUGUCUUGUUCCCAGGAGACUUUGAACGUUUUGUGAAAGUGAGUGGGAUUCACUUGCCAGGAAGAGCAAGUAUGCAUCUUUUUGGCAUUUCUGUGUACUUUCUGAAACACAGUAAUUCAACAGCACAAAGAAGCUGAUGAAAAUGCACAAAAAUUCUUCUGAGUUGAAACCAAAUUGUUCAUUUUAGUGGCUUAGUUCAGUUGUCAAAAAGUUUAGACAAAGCAAGGCUUCCUUUAGUGUAACAUGUCCUUGAGUAUUUCUUUUUAUUCUUUUCAUCUGAAAGUUAAGUUAGUUUUAAAGUUGUUUUUUUUUUUUUUUUUCUUUUAUCGGUAUGUAUGCCUAAUCUGGAUAAGAAGUUAUGAGGAGCAUUGAAACAGGGAAAAAUCAAGCCCUUGAUUUAAUUUCUUGUGAAAUUACUAGCUUUUUUCUUUUCCUUUUUUUUUUUUUUUUUUUGGCCCUCCCCAUAGAGAGACUUUAAGGGGGAAAAAGUUCAAUGGAUUUGUUAGAAGUGGUACCUAUUUCCAAAAGUAAGAUAUAAGCACAGUUUUGGAGAUUCAGGGUGAGUUUUUGAAAAAUCAAGUCUCUUGUGUUUAGAGGAUUGCAAUAACUAUCAGUGAUGAAACUUUUUUCAUCCUCUGGCUUUCCCAGGGAGCUGGACUGGAAAAGUCCAGAAGCUCUACUUCAGUAUUUCAGGUGGGGUGAGCCUGUAACUUCAUGUAGCUCUUGCUACAGAUCCAAAGGAAAAGUUACCAGUUCCAGCCUAAGGCAAAUUAUAUCAAGAUGAAACUUUUUUUUUUUUUUUUCCCCCAGGGCAGUACCAAAGAAUUCUGUGUAAAAUAAACUAAUGAUCCUUAAAAGCUUGGAGGCAGGGGGAAAUUAGCCCUUUCAGGGAUAUUAAAAAUGCUUUUUUGAGAAGCAGAAACUUUCUGGGACAAUAGCUAUCUUUCUAAUAAAUGAGGGACUUUGAGGCCCUGGAAGUUUUAGUUUUAUUCAAAAUUUUCAAUUCACAUUUAGCUGUUAGUGCAGGUAUGGUCUCUGGAGUUGCUGCUUUAUCCUCUGGAUAAGGCACUUAGUGGCAAUGGUUAAAGUUAGGGAGCAGAGGGCUCUUCUGUCACUCAGUGACUGAAGGAUUCAUGGAUCAGUAGUCUUUGCCUUGGAAAUGCUAUGGGAUUUAUAUUACUGUUUGCAAGAGAAGAUUUCUGAAACAUAAACUUGGUCAAUGUCUGAAGGGCCUUUUACCAUCCUCUGGGGAAAGGGUUCAUCCCUUUGCCGACUAUCAUGCACAAAAGUAACCUGAGAUUGAAAGGCUCUUUAUAAAUUUGUGAGAAAUCACAAGGUGCACUUUCCUUCUUGCUGCUUUUCCCCUCCAAGGAGUGUUAACUUUCUGGGUUUUGUAGAAAUCCUGAUGUGUUGCAUAUAGACUUCCUCCACUUAGAGGAGGCUUAAACUAAAGGACCAGAAAGAAACAGACAAAUUCAAUGAGAUGGCAAAACCUUUUAAAAGAAGAGUGAGGAAAAACACCUAAAUUAAAUAACUGUGCUGCCUUUCAGCCAAAGCCUCAAGGAAGCAAACUCUUCAAGGCAGUAUGUUUCAGCUGGGCUUAAUCUUAGGAUAGAAUGUUUUAAAAACAGUCUUCAAAAGGAUAAUCUUUUAUACAGUUGUCUGUCAUCAAACUUGUGUGGCCACUCAACAUAUGGGUAUGAGAGAAACCUAGUUUACCAUCAACUUCAAGUUCUACUUGUGUACAUGCCUCCCAUCUUGGGGAUGGCCAACACUUACGGCAGAUGUCUGUGUAUGCUUCGUAUUACUCAGUCCAAUUAUUUGCAUUUUUGGGCUGUGAAAAGUAAUAUCUGCAGGAUCUAGAUACCAAAGAAAAUUGGUUUUAAAAGCUUUAAUGUUUAGUUUGCUGUGUCCUUGCAUUUAACCUAUCAUGUCUUAAUAAAAAUGCCAGGCCUAUUGAUAUCUUGACCUGAGUGGCUGUUGACGUUAGUGUGCUAGAAAUGCUCUUUUGCUUUAAUGCUUACUGGGUUCCUUCUCUGGGGCUGGGAGAAGGGAGUUGUUAUCCAGGCCUUUUAAAAAAAAAAAAAAAAAAAAAAAAAAGGCUAAGCAUGUGUUCAGCAUUGUUGAACAGAAAUAUUCUUGCCUUUUUCCAGCCUGCACUGUGUAGAAGGUGACACACACAAGUUGCCCUCUAUUUGGUGUGGAGCCAUUGCACAAACCGCCAGUCCAGCUCUGUCAGGGAGAAGAAUGACUAACUUUUUAAGUUGCUGUCUACUUAAUUCAGUGGACUUGCUCACAAACCAAACCAUUAGGCCUCAAGCGUUUGACCUCACGUGUUGGGGAGCUUUUUUGUUUUAAAAAACACUACUAUUUAGCUACCCAAACUAAUUCCUUAUCUUUGUCAUAGAUAGUGCUAAGCACACUUGGUCUCAUUGAAAAGCAGUAGUGUAGCUUAUAAGUGUUUUAUAUGCAAUGAAAAUGAUAAGAUACAAGUUCAAUGCCAACAUCAGACACUUUUUUUUUAGAAGUUCCUUAUAGGGUAAGAUGUAGCUAAUUAACAAGAUUCAAACCUUGUCCUGUUUUUUUCCAUACAUGUUCUCAUGCUAUGAAUGCUCUACAUUAAUGGCCCAGUAUCAUAAUAUACACGGUGAAAGUGUACAGAGGAAAAAAGCAAGGCUUUGAAGCUUGAUUGCAAAACAAACAAGCCGAAGUGUUCAGAGUAAUCUUCUGAACCAGUGGAGAUGACAGCCUGGAGAAGGGUAAGGUGAGCUUGUGCCUCUUUGUCUUAGCUCAAGCAUUGGCAAAUGAGAUGUGGGUAACAGACCUGUCUGCUAGAACUCCCAAAGGAAUUUCACUAUGAUUUCACUAUGCCAGGUUAAAACAGUGGCUCUCAGGCAAACUUUUUGCUUGACAAUGUUAUCAGCGGUCAGUUUGGCUGUUCCAGGUUUGGCCUAUGAAACAAUCUUGUCCCUUCUCAGUUAAGCAGGAACUUUAGUCCCAAACCGCAGCAGACACAGUACUUGAUAAUGCAGGUCCUUCAGAUAAUUCACUCCUUUUAUUUAGUACCUUUAAAUAACUUGAGGCCCAUAAACCCAAACUAUAAAGAAAUUUAGCGAAUGAGGACAACACCUGAAAACUAAUGCAUACUGGGGGCAGACAUAACCAAGUUGGGAGAAAGAAGAGCAAGGUACUUGGAUGUGGCCUUCCCUUGUAAUUGCAGGAAAAUGGGUCCGGUCUGUUUUGUUACAGUUGAACCAAAAUUAGUUUUGGAAGAGAGCAGGUUUAUAGGCUUAUCUGGCCAUGUCUUUGAUCAUAAGAUUUCUGUUCAGUUCUGGUUUAAAAAAAAAUGUGCCAAAGUGUUUUGUUUAUUUUUUUAAAGGAGUGUAAGCCAAAUGGUGCCAAAAGGUAAGAGGGUAUUUAAAAAUAGAGAUAUUUAGACACAGUUUGGAGCUGUAUAAAAAAUGAACACUGGUACUUGCGUUAGACAAAUAUUGUACCUUUGGUCUUUGUCUUUGGGAGUUUGAAACCCAGUUUGUGGUACAAAAUGCACAACUAAAGAUGCCACUAUCUUUUUCUUGAAGUUCUACCUCACUUUGCAGAAGUUAAUCAUCUACCUCAAUUUAGCAUCAGACAGGUUUGAGAAAUAAUUGAGAAUCUGCCUGGGGGAAGGAUUCAUCCUGCUUUUUGGACAAGCAUUUAACUGAAACAUAUUAAAUGUGUACAAUAUGGUGGCUUGCUUUUUUUUUUUUUCCUGCCUGCCCAUGGAAAUACUAAGCUGCCCUUGCUAGAGAAUCUGUAAAUAAAACCAAACGUUCACAUACUCUGGCAAACAGGACUGAGAUACCUGAAACACUUGAGUUUGAUCCAUUUUCACUACGAAAUAUGGAAAUGUAACCUUCUUUCAGUAUUAUGACACUACUAGCCGACAUACUUCACAUUUAUUUGCAGUGUUCUGAUGUCGAUAAGACCUAAAGGUCUUCUCUCUACAAGAGAAACUUUUAUGCAUGCCUACGAGUAUGUCCUGUUCCUGUGUGGAAAGACUAAUGUUACGAUUGCUGUAAACACAAUGCUGUACCAAAUGCUUGAAGGGAAUAAGAUACUGAUUUUUUUGACUUGGUGAUUGUAUUAGUAGCUUUCUUGACACAAUGGGAUUUUUUCCACCAUGACAAAGCAACCAAGUUCCUAUUCCUGGAGGGCGGUUUAAGUUCAGAUAUUCUCAGGAGAGGCAGUUUAAAACCAGUGUGUUGGGUUUUUACGCAACUUUAAUGGCGACGCACAACGUGCCCCUUGUUUUACCUGUGGAGUAAAGUUGCAGAAGCACAUUUUCAGAUCACUGUAUUGAAAGAUCUUUUUUCCUCCCCUGCUCUCAUGUUCAGGGGUGGCAGAAGCGGGUACAGAGACUCCCUAAUAAUGAUAGGCUGUGUUGGGUUUGGUAAAUGUUAUGGUGGAAAAUGUACAUUGAUGUCUCUAAGUGAUCUUACGGGUUAACAAGCCAGAGUGGCAUCUUUUUUCCAUCAUUGUUCAACCAAUAAUGGUUCUAAAAAUGCUUUGUGUACCUGCAUGGUCUUAGACCUUCUAUUAAAUGAUUGUAUCAACUUACAAACUCAGGUAGAUAAUUUUUUAAGCUCUUUUCAUGGAGCCUUACUGACUGAAUGUUAAGUGUCUGUGUAGUGAUGUAGUUAAGUAACUUCCUUUUGAGCUACCAGACUAGUUAAAAAAAAAAAAAAGUCCUUUUAUAGGUUUGUAGAGUACUUUUCAGACGAUGUAGUAGUUUUUUCCUUCAGAGGGAGAGAUGUCUGUUUCUGGGUUUUGUUUUUAGUUUCUUUUCUAAAAUGACUGAAGCUUUUAACUAGGUUGUAAGGUGUGGUUAGUCACCUAAGUUGGUGGGGGUAUCUUACUGUACGUGACUCUUGUUUGUGCUGUGCAUUACCUGUCAAGUGCUGCUGGGUUGGCGCGCCAUCCAUCGGCGCAGCGAGGGUGUCAAACACGUGCCUGCAGUGUGAGGCGGUCUGGCCUUGGUCAAGUAGAAAUUGGAAGCCUGUGACAAAAUGGAGGUCAUGCACUUGAAAUUGGUGCAACAAACUUGCAUUUUCUGCCCUCAUUUAAUUGACUGUGUAUGUAUGGCCCCAUCCUAUAAAACCUCAUUCCUAGUGUAGCCUCAAUGCAGGCUCACAUCAGGAUCCAGAAUGAUUUUGUCAGCCCUUGGAUGUUGGGCAUCUUGAGGCAAUUGGUUCUGUAGUUUCCUGUUCUGCUGCAGUAGUUUCUCUUUAGCGAUUAAUCAUGCUGCUCUCCUAAUAAUAAUAAAAAUGUCUCAGCAGGACAGACAGUGCUUUGCUUCUAAUGAGCUGCUCAGAGCUUCUCUAUCUAAUUGAUAAUGAAACAGGCUGUGACAAGAACUGCCAUGCUCCAGGAAGGGCGUCACAUUUCUACUUGGACAAAAAGCAACGUUCCUGGCUGUGGGAUGUUGAGUACUGCAGAGAGGCAAGCACGACAGGUUGUGUGCAAACUUCUAUGUAGAGUAAGUGAGCAAAAUGUUAGAACUCUUUUGUGUUAAUGGAGGCUUCUGAAUGUAUCUCUGUGGUCCAUAGGGAAGGCUGAAGGAUGUAGCAAGGAGAUGAUGUAUCAGCUACUGGCAGCCUUAAAACAAAGUCAGUGUCUCUCUGGACUUUAAAAUGUUCCUAUGCAGUUUAUUUUAUUUUUGUUUAAUCAAAUAAAUGUGAUGAGUUUUUUCAUGGCAAAUUUGUCUG